AUGAUUUGCACAUCCCCCACUUACUUACUUACAGUACUUACUUACUUACUUUGCUUACUAACUGUACUUGUUUACAUUAUAGCAAUCUUCAAAGUGAUCUCAAGUGUACUACACUUUGGAAAUCUUCAAUUUAAACAAGAAAGGAAUGCAGACCAAGCCACUCUGCCGAACAACACAAGUAAGUUUCUUGCCAAAUUUGCACGGAAAAACCACCAUCAUUAUUUUGUAAACAUUGUUUUCAUUUUCGUCUAUAUAGUUGCUCAAAAAAUUUGUCAUCUUCUUGGUAUCCCUGUGGUUGACUUCACAAAAUGUUUGAUUCGUCCAAAAGUAAAAGUCGGUCGUGAAUAUGUUCACAAAUCACAAACAAAAGAUCAGGUUAGUAUUUUAAGAAUUUAUAUUUUGUAUUAUUUUGUGGAUUGAGAAUGCCUUUAAUGUAAUAAAUUAUGGUGCAUUACAGAAUCAAAAAUUUGAAAAAAGUUUUAAUAAAUGAAUGCAAAGCCCAAUUGAACUGCAUUCACGAGCCAAUGUUUCAACACUCUAGUCUAGUGUCUGCAUCAGGCGUGAUCCGAAGUCGCAGUGUGGCUUCUUGUAUACCCAUGGGAUAACGUCAUCUGCCAACUGAUGGAUAUAUUCUUGUGGCAAAUAAGCACUGUCAUCCCUACUGAAAGCAUGAUUACUCAUAUUUAUAUGCCACGCUUCUAUAGUAGGCAACGUCUUUGGGUGGCGAUUGUUAGUGGUAAUGACUCUAGAGCUUUCCCACGCAAUCAUAUGUUUGGUGUCACACACAUGUUCUGCUAAAGUUGAUUUCCCCUUAUUUAAAGUUGAAACAACCUUUUGAUGUUCUUUUAGGCGUGUGCCAAACUGGCGUUUAGACUGACCCAAAUACUCUUUCUCGCAGUCUUCUCAUGGUAUAGAAUGUAUAACACGAGUUUUCUGAUUCGUUUGAACAGCUCUUACCGAUAUUACGAUAACAGAUAUCCAAGGGCCAAUACUUGCCGAUACCGGCAAUGCUGAUAUUCUAUUUCACUUCGAAAUUGACAAAUGACAAUUGGACUUACUGCAGAAACUUCAUCAUACAGUAACUAUUUGUGUUGAGAGUGGUCAAUCAUGUAUGAACACUUAUCAUACAUGUAUACAUUGAUAACAUCUAAGCAUAUGGCUAUAUAUUGAAUUUAUAUUGAUACAUUUGGGUCACUGAGUUAUGUUACAACCAAAAUAUACGUUCAAUUUAAAAUAUAUUGUAUAAAUUGUUAUAAUACAAUACCAAUAAUAUCGGCAACAAAAAUACCGAUAUUUUGAAUUUAGGGCCGAUAUCUAAUACGCUGAUAUGGAUUUUGGUGUAUUAUUAUCACUAGAUUUUCUUUCAUUCUUUCAAGUUACAAAUCUUCAACCUAAAACAUUGCUGCAGUUCUAUAUCCACUUUAAUUAAAUAGUUCUUGUUUGUAUGUGAAAGUUGACCCUAAGCUUAUUUUUGGAAACCUAUUUUAGGCUGAGUUUUCAUGUGCAGCUUUGGCAAAAGCAUUGUAUGAAAGAAUGUUUAAAUGGAUGGUCCAUCGAAUCAACAGAUGUUUGGAUCGAACAAAACGUGAUGGAGCCUCUUUCAUUGGUAUCCUCGAUAUUGCUGGCUUUGAAAUAUUUAAGGUGAAUUAUCAAGGGUGAUGUAAAAAAAUGUAAAAUAACAACACUGUACAGUAUGUAUAGAAGGGAUUUAUUUGAAUUUACCGUAUUUAUACUUGUUUAGAGUAAUAGCGCGGCAUUCAAAAGAUAAAACACUAAUAAUUUAAGAACACCAUAGCGCUUAACAGGUUUCGAACAUGCAAUGUGCACAUCGUCCUGGACCAAAUAGUGAAAAUUGCACAUGGCUUUUCCAAAGAUGUGCAAAAAAUCAGACUUGGGAGUUGGGACUGUUAAUGAACGUCCAUCCAUAUUUAUAUAGAUUUAAACAAAGCCGAUCUGUUGUCUUAUUAUUUAUAAACAAGUGCUUUUGCAUGCACACUAGUAGCAUGUUUGCAAAGACAAGUGAAAGGUGUCAAUUUUAACUGCCAUGACGACGGACAAAUUUAACACAUGACUGAUUAAUGUUUGUAUAUCAAAGGUUGCAAACAAUGUUUAAAAAGUAUUCAAAUCAUUAAAUUAUUGCAGUUUGAUUGAGUAGAUGUUUUACUGGGUAGCUAGGACAAUCAUGAACCUAUUUUAUAAAUAUUUAGAGCCACAUUAUUUACGCCAACACAGCAAGUAUCAUAGUUACAACAACUUUUAACUUCUAAAACCUUCAAUUAACUUUAGUCAAAUGAUUAUGCGCAUGUUGUAUCAAUAGUAUAUUUUAAUAUAGUUUUCAGUAGUUAGUGUGGAAAAGGUGUAAACUAUAUAGCUAAUAGCUAAGUGCUUACACCACGUUAAAUAAAGUUUGUAUGUACUACUAUUACAACACGAGCGACCGUGUUGUAUUCUUCAAUAAUUUAAAAUAAGGGAAAUUUGGUUAGAAAAUUGAAAUUAAAAUUUACGUAAAUCAACAUGAUUCUGUGUCAGAUAAACAACAUUCUGUAUCAGAUAUGUGUUGUGUUUUCUUCAUGAAUUAUUAAAGAUGAUUUCCACUCCGUUGUGCGCAUCAGUUCUGCUCAUAACAAAGGGACACCCCCAGAUAUAGACAUUGCUCAAAUUUUGCAUCUUUCGAACUUUUUUGAAUUGAAACGUAGAGUUUAUAUUCAUUUACAAGCAUGGCGAACCAGAAAAGUGUUAGAUAUGCAGUUAGCAUAUCAUAUUUUACAAAUAUAUAGCAGUUCAAAACGUAAACAAAGUUCGCACAGGAGUGGAUAUUAUCUUUAAUGAAUUUCACAAUGUUUGUAUUAAUAUUCUAAACUUAAGACAAUUUCUUUCGUUUUUUAGCUCAAUUCAUUUGAACAGCUCUGCAUCAACUACACAAAUGAAAAACUUCAACAGCUUUUCAAUCACACCAUGUUUGUCCUGGAACAGGUUCGUAAUUUGUUAAUUUGAAACAGGAUCGUCAAUUUGAGUAGAUCAGUUCUGAAUGGUUUGAGUGUACAUAUGUAUACCCGUAUCCGAACAUUCACAGGGUUCGUAGCGGUCUUUGAAAUCCUUGAAAGUCUUUAAAUUGGAAUGCAGGUCUUUGAGGUCUUUGAAAAGUCUUUAAAUUGUGUGAAAAAGCGAAGAAAGUCUUUAACAGUCUUUGAAUUCUUUAGUGAGUAUUUGAUUAUACGAUUUCCUAGCUAGUAAAAUAGAUUGAUUGAAGCAAGAUUUUCGCAAUUAUCGAUGAAAAGGCGCAUUUUAGGAUGUGAUUUGACGGGACUAAUUACUGGGUAAAAAUGGUACGUGCUUACACUCGCAAUUUUUCGACAGCUGAUUGCCCUCAAUGGUCUUUGAAAAGUCUUUGAAAAUAGGCAGAAAAAAUCUUUGAAAGUCUUUGAAUUUUUUUGGUCUUGGAGACUACGAACCCUGAUUCAUAAUUACUCAUGCAUCAGAAAAAGUUAAGAAAAAUGUUAAACACCUGCAGGAAAUUCGUUUGAAUGAAGAUUUGCUAUUGAAAGUUUGAAGGAAAUCUUAAGCAACAUGUCUCACUAUGGGCGCAACAACAUAUGGUUGACAGACAUUAUUCCUUGAAUUUAAAACCAUGGUCAGCUAGAACACAAUAUGUUUUGCACAUGCAAAUUUAGCACUAAAAGACUCCUUUACAUGGUUUGCAGGAAAUUUUUGUCUCCAGGUUGUGCUCCCAGGAAGAAAAUUAUUUUUUCCUGCCCUGCUUAAUUAAAAGAAUGUAAAAAAGGCUGACUGUAGUUUGCGCAUUUAUCAGUAGAAUUGAUGGCUAUGACAGUUCUUGGCAGUACUGUAAUUGCCUGUAGUUGGACCAAGGCGAACUGUUAUGAUCGAGUGGUUAAGUCUUAGCAAGAGAGCAGUCUUAUACUUACUAUAGCCGGAUAAUUCUCAUAAUUUUCUCUUACAGGAAGAAUACAGAAAAGAAGGCAUAGAAUGGAAAUUUAUUGAUUUUGGUCUUGACUUGCAACCAUGUAUUGACCUGAUUGAAAAGGUAAGGAUAUGUUCUG